AUGAACAGUUAUGACAAGGCUUAUUCAAAAAAGUACUUCAAUCCUUCUCAACCCCAAUAUCCAUUUGCCAACUAUAACAAUAACAGCAGUGUAUUCACCGAUGGUCUACAAAACUACAAUAUAAAUCCUAUAGCAACAUCUACAGUAGCCGUCAAUCCUCCAACAUCAACUGGUAACCAAAAUUAUUAUGAUAAUCCUAAUUCAUAUGGUAACUUUAAUACUAAUGGCACAACUUACUAUGCCAAUCCUUUUGCUACUGGUUUUGACUUCAACAAUACGAAACUGCAAGCCAAUGCUCCAGAAUUUGUGCCAAGAUUUGAUAAACUUUCGUUGAACGAAACAAAUCAAGAAGCUAAUCAACAAAAUCAUAGUCAACAGGCUAAAGAAACUGAAAAUUCAAAUGGCAAUUCUAAAGAAGAUUUUAAUAAAAAUGAAGGAAGUGAAGCCAAAGAAAAAACAAAAAAUUUGGAUUCUAGCUUUGAGAAGGAAGAAAAACGUCAGCAACAAAGACAUGAACGUUCUCGUGGCAAUAAUCGUCAUCAGAAUAAACAUGAUAAGGAAAAUAAUAAAAGAAACAAUAAUCGUUUGGAAAAGAAUAUGGAAAGAUUUUCGCGAAAUUUGCAAGAGAAACAACAAAAUAAUGAUUCAGCCUCGAAUUCGAAUUCUUCCACCCCCUCGUUGACAAUGAAUGGCAGAGGAGAACGUGAACAGCAGCAACAACAACAGCAAGCGGGUGUAUCUAAAGCAACAGGAGCUUUUAGUAAAAAUCAACGUGGUUCCAUAAAUGGCAACAAUAAUGAGAGACAAAGAAAUCAAGAUAAUCAAGACAAGGCUAACGGUGAAAAGAACAAUUUCAAUAAACGUUAUCAGAACGGCAGACGUUCACAAGAUUUUGUGGAACGUGAGGAUCGUUAUGAACGUUACGUAGAUCGUGGUGAACGUUCUGAACGUGGCCAUAAUCAACGUAAUCAACAGCGCAAUGAUUAUCAUCAACGUUAUGAUAAUUAUCGCAGUAAUAAGCGACGUGAUGAUUGGAAUCGUAAUCGUGAUCGUAUAAAUGGUUUUCGUGUAGAGGAAAAGUACUCCAAUGAUAAUGGUAAAGAUAGUCCUUUGGCAUCGCCUGAAAAGAGGUCUCCGAAAAAGUCUUAUGACAAAGAAAAUGAAAAGCUUUCACAAAGAGAAAAAUUAAUAAGAGAUAUUGAAACUAGACGUUUGGAAUGUUUAGUUUGUGUUGAGCCCAUCAAGGCUCAUCAGAGUGUUUGGUCUUGUCAUAAUUGCUAUCAUAUACUACAUUUGCAGUGUAUAAUAAAAUGGGCCUCGUCCUCGAUAUCUGACGACGGUUGGCGUUGUCCUGCCUGUCAGAAUGUGGAAAAAGAAGUUCCUCGUGAUUACUAUUGUUUCUGUGGUAAAUUAAAGAAUCCCAUAAAUAAUCGUCAAGACAUAGCUCAUUCAUGCGGUGAAGUAUGUGGACGUGUAGAGGGCUGUGCUCAUGCCUGUACUUUGCAGUGUCAUCCUGGUCCCUGUCCUCCAUGUCAGGCUCAGGUAAAGCGUGAAUGUGGUUGUGGCAAAACUUCGAAAAUUAUGCAAUGUUGCUUAAAGGAAACCAUAGAAUGUGAUUCGACUUGUGAGAAACUAUUGAAUUGCGAAUUGCACACUUGUCAGGAGAAAUGUCAUGAGGGAAAAUGUCCCGCCUGUAAGGAGAAGGUUGAUCAAAAGUGUCACUGUGCUAAACAAGAAAGACAAGUGACUUGUACACGCGAAUCACAUGAUAAACACAACUAUUCAUGUGGUAAAAUUUGUGGCAAAAAUUUAACAUGUGGCAAUCAUCAGUGUAAAGACAGUUGCCAUCCCAAUGAAUGUAGACCCUGUAAAUUGAGUCCUGACAAUGUCACCUCUUGUCCUUGUGGCAAAAUGCCUAUUAUGGCUGAACAACGUAAAUCCUGUUUAGAUCCUGUACCCGUUUGUGAGGGUGUCUGCGGUAAGACUUUAAAAUGUGGCAAAGCUACCAAUCCUCAUCACUGUACGGCCAAAUGUCAUUUGGGCAAUUGUCCUCCUUGCAAUAAACAAACUGCAGUCAAGUGUCGCUGUGGCCAUAUGGAUCAAAUGAUAAAAUGCCGCCAGCUAUCGACUAGAGCCGAUGAUGCUAGAUGCAAGAAACGCUGUACGAAAAAACGUUCCUGUGGCAAGCACAAGUGUAAUCAAGAGUGCUGCAUAGACAUCGAUCAUUUCUGUCCACUGCCUUGUAAUUAUACGCUUUCUUGUGGCAAGCACAAGUGUGAUCAACCCUGUCAUCGCGGCAAUUGUCCGCCUUGUUAUCGUUCCUCUUUCGAAGAGCUCUUCUGUGAGUGUGGUGCUGAAGUUAUCUAUCCUCCUGUCCCCUGUGGCACAAAACGUCCCGUUUGUAAACGCCCCUGUUCGCGUAAACAUCCCUGCGAUCAUCCGCCACAACAUAACUGCCAUUCAGCAGCCACAUGUCCUCCCUGUAUGAUGUUCACUACGAAAUGGUGUUUUGGUCACCAUGAACAACGUAAAACUAUACCCUGUUCUCAGCAAAGUUUUUCCUGUGGUUUGCCCUGUAAUAAACCAUUGCCUUGUGGUCGCCACAAGUGCAUUAAGACUUGUCAUGAGGGUCCGUGUCAAGUACCCGGUGAGAUUUGCAAACAAAGUUGUACUACUGCCCGUUCUACAUGUGGGCAUAAGUGUAUGGCUCCCUGUCACAAUGGUGAUUGUCCUGAGAAUCCCUGUAAAGAGAUGGUUGAAGUUCAAUGCGAAUGCGGCAAUCGCAAACAAAUGCGCACUUGUGCCGAAUUGGCACGUGAAUUCAGUCGUAUCGCUACUGCCCAAUUGGCUUCUUCCAUGGCUGAAAUGCAACGUGGCAACUAUAUGGAACUAUCGGAAAUCUUAGCUCCCGUCAAACUCUCUGGUAAAUCAACUAAAACUUUAGAUUGCAACGAAGAAUGUCGUCUACUCGAACGUAAUCGUCGCUUGGCUAUUGGUCUACAAAUACGUAAUCCUGAUUUGCCACAAAAACUCUUAACAAAAUAUUCUGAUUUUAUACGUAACUUUGCUAAACGUGAUCCAGCUUUGGUCAAGUCCAUACAUGAAGCUCUAACCACUCUAGUAAAAUUGGCCAAAGAAAGUAAACAAAAAUCACGUUCUCACUCGUUUCCCACCAUGAAUCGUGAAAAACGUCAGCUAGUACAUGAAAUGUGUGAAAUGUUUGGUGUCGAAUCAGUGGCCUAUGAUGCUGAACCGAAUCGUAAUGUGGUAGCUACUGCUUUUAAGGAUAGAUCUUGGCUUCCUGCUACUAGUAUUAUGGAAGUAAUGGCUCGCGAGGCUGGUCAAAGACGUGUACCAGUACCGAGUAAUAAUGCCUGGGGUUUAAAAAGAUAA